AUGACUGAACCAGAACGUCAUAGCUUCAAUGUGUUCCAUCAAGACUUCACCAUUGAUAAGAGAUUCGAAGUUAUCAAAGAAUUAGGACACGGUGCUUAUGGUAUUGUUUGUUCAGCUCGUUAUUCCGAAACACCAGAUGUGACUGUUGCCAUCAAAAAAGUUACCAAUAUAUUUAGUAAAAAGAUCCUGUGUAAACGUGCUUUGAGAGAAUUGAAACUGUUGAGGCAUUUUAGAGGCCAUAAGAACAUUACCUGUUUAUAUGAUUUAGAUAUUGUCAACAAAAAUAAGUUCAAUGAAGUGUACCUUUAUGAGGAAUUGAUGGAAUGUGAUAUGCAUCAAAUCAUUAGAUCAGGUCAGCCGUUAACUGAUGCUCAUUAUCAAAGUUUCAUAUACCAAAUUUUGUGUGGGUUGAAAUAUAUACAUAGUGCAGAUGUUUUGCAUAGAGAUUUAAAGCCUGGUAAUUUAUUGGUUAAUGCUGAUUGUGAGUUGAAAAUUUGUGAUUUCGGUUUGGCAAGAGGUUAUUCAUCAAUUCCUGAAAAAAAUGCUGGGUUUUUAACAGAAUAUGUUGCAACUAGAUGGUAUAGAGCUCCAGAAAUUAUGUUAAGUUUCCAAAGUUAUACUAAAGCUAUUGAUAUUUGGUCAGUUGGUUGUAUAUUAGCUGAAUUAUUGGGUGGAAAACCGAUCUUCAAAGGUAAAGAUUAUGUUGAUCAAUUGAAUCAAAUCUUAUAUAUUGUUGGUACACCACCAGAAGAAACAUUGACAAGAAUUGGCUCUCAAAGAGCACAAGAUUAUGUUAGAUCAUUACCAUUUAUGCCAAAAAUCCCAUUCAGUAAAUUAUACCCAGAAGCCAAUCCGGAAGCUUUAGAUUUAUUAGAUAGAAUGUUAUGUUUAGAUCCAGCUAAAAGAAUCACAGUUGAAGAAGCUUUAACACAUCCAUAUUUAAAAGUUUGGCAUGAUCCUGCAGACGAACCAAUCUGUGCCUCAAAAUUUGAUUUUAAGUUUGAAGAAGUUGAUGAAUUGGAUACAAUGAGACAAAUGAUUUUGGAUGAAGUUGAAAGUUUUAGAGAAUUUGUCAGAAGACCAAUUGAAGAUCAAAAUUUGGAAUUAUCUAACCCUCAAGCUAUGGAAAUUGAGCAACCACAACAACAAAUCCCUCAACAAAUUUCACAACAGGAUCAAAUUCAAGAUUCUUUCCAAUUUGAAUUACCUCAAGAUCAACAACAGGAGGCUUAUUUGCAACAACAACAGCAACAGCAACAACAACAAUACACCCAACAAGAACAACAACAAAUAUUUAACCAACCUGGGUUAUUUAGUCCAUCUUUUGAAAGUCCAGUUGGACAAAUAGGUAUCCCUCAAAAUCAAUUUAGAAAUGAUCUGCCACCAAGACCACAAGAAAAUAACAUAUAUUCUGAAGAUUUUGCUGGAUUAGAACAAGAAUUAGAAUUUGGUCUUGAUGCUUUUAAGAGAAUUUGA